AUGAAAUCCAACACUUCAAAAGAUAUUAAUUCACUUAAUAAUACCAUAUUUAUAGAUAAACUUAAUGGUUUAUCUAAAUAUAACCUAAAUAAUAAUUUGUCUAGUUUUUCAAUCAACAUACGUAGUAUACGAUUACAUUUCAACGAAUUAGUACUGUUAUUAAACGCUAAUGCUAUUUCCCUGGACAGACAAAGCAGUUUCAAAGGUCAGGGUGGGCUCCCAACAACGGCGGGCAACCGUCCUAGUGGAAGAAAAAUCACGAACAUAAACCCCCUGGUAGUAGAACUCAAAUGCAAAGGAACACCACCCGCCAAACCUAAAAUGAGUAGUGAGCCUACAAAUUUUCAAGCUAACGUCUCAGUAAUAUCGGAUGGUACAGGGGACGUCAGGGAGGGCGGAGGCUCCAGUAGCCCGGUCCUCUUUGACGCCACACAUAGGGCGAUGCGAAGUGGAGGCCUCACACAAUCAACAACACAAACCCAAAAAGAACAAGGAAUCGGAAAUUAUUGA